AUACAUUAGAAUCAUAACAGCUGAAUAACUUUUGUACCAUUUCAUGGGAUUACUAAAGUGACAAACAGGAGAACAUCCUCAACUGAUAGCUACCAAUUUAAAUUAUUAAUUUACUCAUGAAAGGUUAAAAUCCAUUCUUUUAAACCGUGGGCAGAAUAGUUAAAUGAAUAUACGAAAAAGAAUUAAUUGUUUUAAAAGUUUUUAUUUCAACAAGAGAAAGCCAACGUAGGAAUCUCGUCCGAUUGAGCUUAGCUACUGUUGGUUUUUAUAUUAUAACUGCUACUUAGAACAUUAUUUAAAAUGAUACAAAAAGUUACAGAAAAUAUAGAAGUUUAAAUCAAAUGCAAUGAAGAAAGGCACUGAUAUUACCUACAUUGCUUUCAUACUUUUGCAAUUCACUUUGGUAAAAUUAGAAUAUGAAUCAUACGAUGAAGGCUAUUUAGAUAUUCGUAACAGUACAUACAAAAACUGGCAUAAAAGGAAAGAAAUAACAUUCGCUUUAAAUCUACCUUGGGAGUUAGGCGAUUGUGUAAAGUGCCAUAAUGGGCUUUCUGGUAGUGGUUAUAACACAGCGAAAUUUUUUGCCUCAGCAGCAGCAGUCGCAGUAGAAGAUAUAAAUAAUAACAUGACAUUACUACAGGGCUAUAAGUUACGAUACAUUUGGAAUGAAAAUUUGACUGAUACACAUUGUCAUGAAUUUUCUGCCAUAAAUGGCCAACUAAGGCAAAUAAAUUACCAGGUUGAUGGCUUUGUUGGGUUUAUAUGUGCAUGCGUACCGAUAGCAAAGAAUGCAGCAGCUGUAAAUAAACCAUUUGUGUCAAUGAGUUGCACUGAACCUGAAUUAUCAGACAAGAAAAAAUAUCCAACCUUUGCUCGAACUACAACUCUUAACGUGGAUGUGGUGCACAUGAUAAAAGCAUUGAUGGAAAAGUUUCAAUGGAAGAAGUUUGCAGUUCUUUAUGAGCGCAGUCAUAUGUGGGAACCAUUAUAUGAAGCAUUAAAGCGGGUAUCCGAUGACAGUAAAAGUGAUCUGAAAAUAACGUUGGUAGAGAGUUAUGACAAAGAAGAUGCACACAAGCACAAAUUUGAAAAUCUUGAUCACAAAUUUGAACCUUUUCUCGAUGAGUUGCCUUCAAAAGCUCGAAUUGUUCUGCUGUUGUUUGGAAAAGGAUAUCUGCGACAGUUUCUUGUUCAAGCUGAAAAGAAAGGAUUGAAUGAUGGAAAUUAUGUUUACGUAGCUAUCAAUCCAUUUGCGUCAGAUUCAUCGACAUUACGACAAAAAAGUCUUGCUGGAUAUUUAUGGAUAUUACCAUGGAGAGGAGAACUAGAUGAGAAAGUCGACCCUUUUAACACAGAUAGAGCAGCACUUGCUAGAGCUUAUCAAUCUCUCAUUACACUGAUGCCUGAGACUGCCAGUAUGAAAGGAGAAAAUUAUAAUAAGUACUUGCGUUUCCAACAAAGAGUAAGGGAUGGAAUGUCCCGACCACCUUUUAAUACAGAUUCAUAUACUGGCAUAUUAGAAAAUAGCAUGCAGCAAAAGAACAAGAGCAAGCCUCCGCCUGAAGCAGAAAAACUAUAUGACGCUGUUAUGUUGUACGCUUUGGGCUUGAAUGAGACAUUGAAGAAAAAUCAAAGCAUUACGAAUGGAACUGCUGUUAUUGACAACAUAAAAGGAUUGAGUUUUCAAAGUGUUCAUGGUUCCAGAUUUGUUGUUACAUCCAAGGCCGACGUUCAGUUCUUCUUCAAUGUUCUUCAGUUUCAAUUUACACCAGAGCAAAUUAAAGAGCUGGAAAAGGAAGACAUUACAUUAAGGAGAAGCGCUCAAUUUCUUCCGAAACAAAUUUACAGCAUGGAGCCUGUGUGUAAGAAUGUAUCAUGUUCCCAGUUAAAAUUUGUAAUGCAACCAACAGAUCAUAAAGUACGAUGGCAUUUAGGGUCGUUACCCCCUGACGAGCCGAAAUGUGGAUUUUAUAAUGAAAAGUGUCCUUCACCAGAACCAGAGCGAAGUGAAGUUCUUGCUUUGGCGAUAUCAAUGACAGUUAUGGCGGUUAUAAUUAUCAUUUUGCCAGUUUUUUUAUACAGAAAUUAUCAUCUUAAGAGAACAUUGAAGAGUCAGUUAUGGAAAAUCGAUCCAAAUGAUUUAUUUUUUCAUGAUUGGAGAAGUGUUUCAACAUCAUCUUUAGGAAGUUUGACAAGCCAAACACUCAGCAUUGACUAUGAGAGCUCAACAAGACAAAGAUUUACCACUGUGGCUAUUUAUAAAGGAACCCUGGUGGCUGUUAAGAAAAUAAACAAGAGAAAUGUCGAGCUAAGCAAGAGCGUUUUAAUGGAAUUAAAGCAGAUUCGAGAUGUUCGGCAUGACAACUUGAACCAGUUCAUCGGUGCAAGUAUUGAAGCUAAUAAUGUGUACAUCAUAACACAGUAUGCGACGAAAGGAAGUUUACAGGAUGUUUUAGAGAAUCCAGAGAUUAGAUUAGAUACUUUAUUUAUUCUUUCAUUGGUGUAUGAUAUUAUAAAGGGCAUGUUGUAUUUGCACUCCUCCACAGAGAUUAAAUCGCAUGGCAACCUCAAGUCGUCAAACUGUGUUAUUGAUAGUCGUUGGGUGUUGAAGAUCACGGAUUUUGGAUUGAACACCUUUCGUAGUAAGCAAGGCACUAUCAGCUCGAUCGAGACAGAACCUUGCAACAACCUCCUGUGGAGAGCACCUGAACUUCUCCGACUGAACAUUCCACCUACGUCACGCGGUAGUCAGAAAGGAGACGUGUACAGCUUCGGUAUCAUUUUGCAAGAGUGUCACACAAGAGAUGGCGCGUGGGGAAGCUCAUUCCAGGAUGCGGAAGCAAUUAUCGAGCGAGUAAAGAGGCGUUCGACACCUGCGUUUCGUCCAGUUGUACCCGAGCUGGUGGAUGGUGCAGAAGGUCUGAGAGAUGUCAUGAAGAAGUGUUGGGCGGAGAAUCCGGAAGAACGUCCCCAAUUUUCUGAAUUAAGAAAAGAUGUUGAAGUGAUGAUGAAAAACAAUGGACUUAAGACAAACAUUUUCGACAAUAUGAUCUAUAUGAUGGGGAAAUACUCAGACGAUCUGGAAGAAAUAGUCGAAGAGAGGACGAGUUCUCUGAUAGAAGAGAAACACAAAGUGGAAGCUCUUCUGGAGAGAAUGCUGCCGAAAAGUGUUGCUAGGCAACUUAUGAAGGGUAAAGAAGUGGAAGCAGAAGCCUUCGAAGAAGUGACAAUCUACUUCAGUGAUAUUGUGGGCUUCACCAACAUUUGUUCCUUGAUAACGCCUAUGGAGGUCGUGGACAUGCUUAACAGCUUGUACACAAUGUUUGAUAACGUCACGCAUGAUUAUGACGUGUAUAAGGUCGAAACGAUCGGUGACGCAUAUAUGGUGGUAUCAGGAUUGCCGAUACGUAAUGGAAAACAACAUGCGAAGGAGAUCGCUCUUCUCGCUCUAGAUAUUUUAGAGAAUGUUAAGUGCUUUAAAAUAAAACCGAGUCAGCAGCAGCUAAUGAUUAGAAUUGGAAUUCAUACGGGACCCGUUGUUGCUGGAGUAGUGGGCACAACGAUGCCACGUUACUGCUUAUUCGGAGACACGGUCAACGUAGCCGCAAGGAUGGAGUCUCAUGGACAAGGGCUACGAGUCCACGUUAGUUGUAACACCAAGGAUGCCUUAACCUCUCUCGGAGGCUUCCACCUCGAGUCGAGAGGAGCUACGGCAGUGAAGGGUAAAGGUGACAUGGUAACUUACUGGUUAAAUGGGUGUGAACCACACUUAAUACGGAAGAAACCUGUUUCCAGCAGGAAGGAUAUAAACUUGUAUAGUCACGGGAACGAGUCCAUUCACAAACUUUUGCGUGAUUCACCACGCCUGCGACAUAAACUGCAUUUAACACCGGACUACCUACCCAGGACGCCGCCUCUAGCUGCUUCCACCUUGACCACUGAUAAUCUACCAAGGAGAUAUCGGAAAGGGUAUUCUGGCGCGAGUAUAUUGGGGCCUCUUUAUAAAAAGAAAGGGAUCAGCGAACGAAAACAUCCCAAUGAUACGCAUGUUGAAUUUCUAGACAUGCAGAACAUGGAGACGUCGAAUUUACUACUUCAGCAAAAUACUCCUUCUUCUAGCCCUCAUCAUAACUACGCUGUUGAGAAUGGCAAUGUACGAGAGGAUUGUUUCACGAAGUUAAUUUGAAAGUGAAAAUAUGAAAGAGGUCUGUUGCGCUGCUAGCUUGUAAUAGAAAGCACUUCUGUUACACGACUUUAUCGCUUUUUCAACAGCUACGACUUAUUACCCUCGCUGGAUGUUUUUUUCCCGAUAUAUCUCAUCCACUAGGGUUAUUUUCCUAUGAUGUCACAACUGUUUUAGUCAUUUUUAACACCAUAAACUCAGCGCGCCAAAAGUCAAGAGAUGCUGCCUGUUUAUUAUGCUCGCUAAAAAAAGAGAUGUUUUAUCGCGAUUUGUUUAAACCCCCACGAAGGAGUGCACUAUGUUUUUUUGUUUAUUAUAGAUGUACCAAGUAGCAUAUCAUACUAAAUUAAUAUUUUAACUGUUUUUGCAUAAAUUAUACUGAUUUACAUUUUGCUAAAAAGCAAAUAGCUGUUUUUAAUGUGUACAUAAUAUCAUGGCUCACUGGAUAUAUGUGAUCACGUAGACAUUUUAUUAAAUUUCAAAUUCUAUACUAGUAAUUAUGUGUCUUGUUCAAAGUCGUUAUUGUUACUAUUUGAAUAUAAACCUAGUUCUCGGUCUUUUAAAAAGACGACAAUAAAUUGGUUGGGAAGGCCUGGGUUAAGGCUGUUCAAUUCGUGGAGUUUUAUCCAUUGCACCUUGCACUUAUUACCACCGAAGUUUUUAUUAUAAAUUUUACUUCAUUAUUUCCUUUUUUUGCAGAAAAUUCUAAACUUUUUCAACGAAUUCAGUGUGAUUAUUUAUUCUCUACAACAAAGAGCACGUCUCCAUCGCAGUGUCAAUUUACUUUCAGCCUUUUUUUUUCUUUUUUUUUCAUAGAUUUUUAGGGGCGUAUCUGUUUUUGAUUUCCUUAGUUAGUAGUUUAAAAUAUUCGUAAAUUUUAUUACAGUAUACAAGCCAACGUGGUACUUUUAAUUUUCGUAUGAUGUGACUUGUUACACCCACGGAAUGAAGUGUUUAUAAGAAUCUGUAGAUAAUAUGCAUAUAAUAUUUAGAUUAUACUAUCUCGCCUCAA